GCCGCUCUCCAAAGGUGCCAGCGAGGAAAUACGUCACCCCCCUUCCGUCUCCCUCCGUUUGCCGCUUUUCCCCGCGGUGUUGAUGAUAUCCCUUGCAUUGUUGUUAUUCCAGAUAGAUCUGCUCCUGCCGAUAAGCCCUCGGCGUUAACCCUAGCCGGGGGCUCUCCGCGGCCGCCGGACCCUCCCGGCACCAUGUUCAGCAAGAAGCCCUACGACAGCCCCCCCACGGGCUACGGCCCCCCCGGCGGCGACUACGGCUACAGCGUCCGCUCGCCCCCGCCGGGCUCCUACUACGUCGAGGACGUGCCGCAGCACUUCUACAAGUGGACCUCGCCGCCCGGCGUGGUGCGGAUCCUGGAGGCCACCAUCAUCCUCCUCUGCAUCGCCAUCUUCGCCUGCGUGGCCUCCACCCUGGCCUGGGAGUACGGCUACGGCUACAGCAACGGCCUGAGCGGCUACUACGGCAGCGGGCUGAGCUACGGCUAUGGCUACGGCUACGGCUACGGGAGCUACUACAGCGGCGUGACCAACCCGCGGGCGGCCAACGGCUUCAUGAUCGCCAUGUCCGUGCUCUGCUUCCUGACCCAGCUGGGGCUCUUCGUGGCCAGCGUGAGCAAGACCAGCAGCUCGCGCUCCCGCCGCUUCUACCUGACGGUGAUCGUGGUCUGCGCCGUGCUGGCCUUCGUCAUGCUCAUCGCCUCCAUCGUCUACGUCAUGGGCGUCAACCCCCAGGCGCAGAUGACCGGCAGCUACUACUACAGCCCCUUGCUGGCCAUGUGCAGCCAGAUGUACAGCAGCGGCACGUACCUGAACCAGUACAUCUACCACUACUGCACCGUGGACCCCCAGGAGGCCGUGGCGAUCGUCUGCGGCUUCCUCAUCGUCAUCCUGCUCUGCCUCAUCUGCUUCUUCGCUCACAAGACGCGGAGCAAGAUCUGGAAGUACGGGAAGCCGAACAUCUACUGGGACAAGGUGCCGGUGGUGCAGGAGGGCCCCAACGUGGAGGAGUGGGUGAAGAACGUGGCCAGCGUGCAGGACGAGACGGCCACGCUGGCCUACUCGGAGAAGCCGACGAGCCCCAUCCAGGCGCUCCCCUACAGCGCCCCGUCCUACGGCUACGCGCCGCAGAACGGGUACUGCCCCCCCGAGAGCCGCGCCGGCCCCAGCUCCCCGGACCCCGAGGCCGGCGACCAGCCCGACCGGGCGCUCAGCGCCAGCCUCGCCGAGGAGAAGGGCAGGGAGCAGCCCAGCAAGCCAUCGGCUCGCCGCGGCCGGCGCCGGCGGCGCAACCCCGAGCUGGACGAGUCGCAGUACGAGACGGACUACACCACGGCCGUGGAGUCGGGCGACGAGCGCGAGCGGGACCGCUGGGCCAGCCUCUACCCGCCCAUCGCCUCGGACGGCACCCGCCAGAAGUACAAGCAGGAGUUCGACACCGACCUCAAGCGCUACAAGCGGCUCUGCGCGGAGAUGGACAGCGUCAACGACCGCCUCAACCAGCUCAGCAAGCAGCUGGACGGCAUCGCCGAGGACAGCCCCCAGUACCAGGACGUCGCGGAGGAGUACAACCGGCUGAAGGACUCGAAGCGGAGCCCCGAUUACCAGUCGAAGAAGUCGGAGAGCAAAGCGCUGCGCAACAAGCUCUUCCACAUCAAGCGCAUGGUGAGCGACUACGACAAGAUGCGAGGGUAGAGCCGGCAGCGCGGAGGGGCCGUCCGCAGGGCCCCCUCGCCCCGGCCCCGAGAGACUCGUGUGCGCUUUGCACCUUCUUUUUAUAAAAAAAAGAAAAAAAAAGAAACCCCCAGGCAGCGUGACCCUGAGAUCUUGGUGCCAACCCCACCCCGGCCGGGGCUCCGCGGUGCUGCCCCCGGCCCCGCGCCGUCCUGCUCCCCGCCGCUCACUGUGAAUAUCCACCGCGUGCCUUAGCUCUCUGCAAGCCGGGCCCGGGGCUCGUCCUCCCCCGGGCCAUGAGCACAGGAACGUGUUUGCGUAGGGCCCCGGGGCGCUGCGUGGUGCGGCGCUCUGCCCGGGCAUCCGUGCGCCCCGCAUCCCGGCUGCAAGGCGCAGAUGCGGCCGGGCCCGCGGGAGGGAUGCGGUGCCGUGCCGUGCCGUGCCGUGAGCCGCGGUGCUGUGCGGUGCAUUGAGCCGUGGCCAAGCAGCCCUCGGAGGGGCCGAGAGCCGGCCAGGCGUUGCGGAGCCGUGUAAUGGUUCUUUUUGUAAGAAAUAAACUGUAUCUAUUGAUUUUAA